CAGCUGGAGCUCCAGGAAGAGAUGGCUUUCCGGGAAACAAAGGAUCCAUGGGCCUACCAGGGAGAAGGGGUCUAAAGGGGGAACCUGGUGAAGAGGGAGCUCCAGGAGAUCCCGGCAUCUCAAUCAUUGGACCCCGUGGCCCUCCUGGUCAACCAGGAGCGAGAGGGUUCCCCGGAUAUCCGGGCCCUAUAGGGUUGGAUGGUAAAUCUGGAAAAGCUGGACCUAAGGGUGACGCAGGCAUGCCUGGUCCCAAAGGUGAAAAGGGGGACUGUGGUCUUAAAGGGGAAAAGGGUCCACAAGGUCCAAAGGGCGACAAGGGCCAACGUGGAGAUUCAGCACUCACGUUUACAUCACCUCAACUGAAAAUACUACCACCUGCUGACCAGUUCAUCAGACGCCUGUAUCUCAAGGGUGAACAAGGACAGGCCAAUUGCUCCCCAGGACCACCUGGACCUCCAGGACCUAAAGGACCUCCAGGGGAUUCAGGAAAACCCGGAGCUAAUGGUUUACCAGGGAAACCUGGAGAUCCUGGACAUCCUGGAAGAGACGGAACUAAGGGGGAUAAAGGAAUGACAGGACUUCAGGGAAAACCCGGAAUGCCAGGACUCCCAGGAAGGAAGGGUGACCGAGGAGAAGUCGGGCAAAAGGGAGAGCCUGGUGAAAUGGGUCGGGCAGGCGCCAAAGGAGAAAAGGGUGAAAGUGGCCUGCCAGGAAGAGAUGGCACACCAGGGCAGAAAGGUGAAGUAGGCGAACCAGGCUCAGCAGCAGGUGGAAUUAAAGGUGACUCAGGGUUGCCUGGACCUGUUGGCCCUCCAGGACAGAAGGGUGAAGCAGGGGAACGAGGCAUGCAGGGCCCUCCAGGUCCUAAAGGUGAAGCAGGAAAAACUGAGAUAAUUGACUAUAAUGGUAACAUCAAUGAAGCACUCCAGGGCCCUCCAGGAGCUCCAGGAAGGCCAGGUCCACCGGGCCAGAAGGGUGAAGUAGGCUUGCCAGGUGUACCUGGACUUGAUGGAGAAAAGGGCCCUCGUGGUAAAACAGGUGAUACUGGACUAAUUGGUCUACCGGGCCCACCAGGACCUGAAGGGCCAAAGGGGGAGGCAGGAAUUAUGGGAUUCCCUGGGCCUAAAGGAGACAAAGGAGAUAUCGGCCAGAUUGGAUCACCUGGUUUGGAUGGGCCGACAGGUGAAAAAGGAGAAAGGGGUGAGCCAGGGUUGCAAGGCCCCCCUGGGCUACCAGGUCCCGUCGGACUUCCAGGUUCAACCGUUAACGGGUCACCAGGACUACCCGGGCCACAGGGCCCUCCAGGUCAAAUGGGACCUCAUGGCCUUCCAGGGACAAAGGGCGAGCCUGGGUCAGAAGGUCCCAAAGGUGAUAGAGGUGAUCGAGGUCCCCUGGGACUGCCUGGUGUACCAGGGCCAGCAGGACCAAAAGGAGAAAGGGGCGAUAAAGGAGAGGUGGGAAUUAUGGGACCAAUGGGACCACGGGGAUUACCUGGUUCACUAGGACCAAAGGGUGAAAAGGGAGGCCGGGGGGAGAAGGGAAAGAGAGGUGCUAAAGGGCCUAAAGGGGAUAAGGGAGACCAAGGAGUGCCUGGAUUAGAUGCACCUUGUCCAUUGGGUGAAGAUGGUUUACCUGUACAGGGCUGUUGGAAUAAAUGAUGAUGGUCUAACCUCAGAAUGGAGUGUGUACAUAGAAUAUUUAUUUUUAUACAGUUUUUUGCAAUUAUAAAAGUUACCUUUUCUAAAAAUUUCAUAUUUUAAUAGCACAUUUUGUAUAAAUUGUAUUAAAUCCUGUAUGUGUCUACCAUUGUCUUUGUACUUGCGUAUUCAUCUGCUAAUUUUGUUACAUAAUACUGCAGUUAUUAUUUGCAUGAUAUUUGUGCAUAAUAUAAAGAGCCACUGCUGCAUUAUAAUUUAUUGUAUUAUAUGAAGUGGGCUGCCCUUAACUGCAGACCUGGUUAUUUGAAGUCAUUGCCCCAGACCAAUUGCAAACUGUAUGUAUUCCUGCCAGGGAUUUAUUUGUGCCUUCCUGCUGAUAUAACACAUGUUGCACAAGUGUAUGUUAAUCCUGGUAUAAGCAAACAAUCCAAAUGCUUCAGCAGAGGUUGCUGGUAAUGAAAACCGAGAAAAGACAGAUGCAUUUUUUAAAAUUCUAUAUGUGAACCUGUAUCAAGUAAUCAUGUCCUUUUCAGGACUAACAGCAGUAAAGAAUGCUAAUCUGUUGUCCUAGCAUUUUCAUACCAGCUGUGGUUAAUGUUUAAGUGUUAACCUUCAGUCCUUGCAAAUUCUUAAGUGUUACCACAACUCUUGUUAAUAGUUGCAUGGUGUGGAAUAAGCUGAUGAAAUUGCUGGGUGCAAUAACCCUCGGAAAGCUACAGCCUCCUUUCCUUGCUGAAGUUGAUUUCAGUAUUAAGUAUAGCAGAAGACACCAAUAAAGACAUCAUUUGACAUGGUCCACAAGAAUAAGGCUUUCUGUUUGUUUUUAGCUAAUUGCACGAUUCCAAGAAAUACCAUUAACACAACUUGCAAGCUUUAAUAUAUUCUACAGUUUAGAAUAUAUAUGUAAACUGUUACAAGAUGACAAUGUUCUUCUACUAGCCACCUUCCUCCAAAUUAGUUGCUUUAGUACCUCUAAGAUGAGCAAUUUCCAACCCAUAGAGUCACUGCUAUCAAAUUUGCGUUUUUCUCAGCCUUCCAAAAGUCAUAAAGCAGGAGUUUCCAACCUUUGUUAUGGCAUGGAUCAAUACCAUUAAGCAUGGGAUCCAUGGACCCCCAGGUUGGGAACCCCUGUCAUAAAGCAACAAAGGCCAAGGAAAGCAUUCAGCAUUGUGUUCUUUUCCCAUACUGCCUCAUUGGUAGAAUUCCAAUCGAUCCUCCCCUCUCCUGCUAUUUCUCAUUAGCCGACAGAUUUUCUUUCUUUAUCAAUCAUUUAUCCAAUUCCCUUAUUGAGUCAGCCUCCACUGGCCAUUCCAGUAGGAGGGCAGCUAAUGAAGGAAGGAUACACAAACCUGCAAAGGUUCAUUAAUCUGUGCGUGCACCAACUAACAAUUUUCAGGCAAAUGUUUAGCAUGGAGUGCUUCUGAAUUUAGUAUUACCUGUUACAGUUCCUGUUCCCGGUUCAUAGAUUACAAUUUACAAUUGACCUAACAUCAGGUGCUUUUUUUUUGGAAGGGGGUUCCAAACUUCUACCACUUCAUGCACAUUCUGUUCUUCAAAAAACUUGCCUCAUACUUUUAAUCUAUAUUCUCUCACCUUGGCCCACAACAUUUGGCAAAAACAUUUUCCUUUAGUAUCCUGAAAAUUUAAAUCAAGUUGCCCCUAGCAUUCUAAUUCCAAGGCAUACACAGAGUCUGAGUGAUUAUUCUUUUUAAUUUUGCACUUGAAUACUCUUGGUGUCCAUAUGUGAACCUAAACUCUCCAAGCCCAAUAUCUCUCCCCCACUAGAUGUGGUCUAAUCAGAGUUUUCAAUAGCUGCAUUAUAACCUCAUAAAUCCGGACAUAUGUUCAAACCUCAGUGUUUAGUUAGCCUCUUUGAUUAUGUUUGUAUCUCCUCAUAAUGGUUUAAUCAUCUAAGUACAGAGGAUGCUCACUACCAGAUCCCUUUAGAAUUCCAGUUCCAAGUAUUUG